CACGGCGAGAUCUGCCUCUACAUCGAUAGGAUGACCGAGGCUGAUGUGGGCACCUACGAGUGCUUGGUCCGCAACGAACACGGAGAGUCUCGCCAGCGAAUCAAGAUGGACAUCUGCGAGUACCCGCGGGUAUUGGAGCCACUCGAAGAGAUCCACCUCAAGGCCAACUCCUCAGGAAAGAUUGCUUGCAGGAUCACAGGCUUCCCUCCGUGCCAAGUGCAGUGGUUCAGGGACUGGGAACCCAUUGCCUUCACUUACAAACUCAGGCCGGCGCAGUCGGACCCAGAUUGUAUUUCCUUCACAUCAGCGGAUGCCAAAUCAAGGAUUCUGGAUUAUACUCCGUGGCGGCUUCGAAUGUUGCGGGUUACAGUUCACAGUUCUUGCAUGGUCCACGUUGAGGCUGACGACAUCGGCUUCUUCUGGAUGGGCCCAGGCUCCGGCCGCAGCGUGACCAUGAACAACCGCCGCGGAACACUGGAGGACCACUACGACGUGGGGGACGAGUUAGGUCGCGGAACGCAGGGUGUCGUCUAUCACUGCGUGGAACACCACACUGGUCGCAACUUUGCUGCCAAGUCCAUGUGGGGCAAAGACCAAUUUAAGACCUGGAUGCAGAACGAAUUCGAGAUGAUGAACGCUCUUAACUCCUGCAAGCAAAUCGUUCGUCUGUACGAUGCGUAUGAGGGACCCAAGAACAUGGUGCUUGUUACCGAACUAUGUGGCGGAGGAGACCUGCUGGGAACUCUGACUCAGCACCAGUACCUGACGGAGUACGAGGUGUGCCACUACGUCCGCCAGAUCCUGUGCGCUCUCGAAUACAUGCACGAUCGCUGUAUCGCGCAUCUCGGCCUUAACGUUGGAGACAUCCUCCUGACGCGGCCCAAUGGCAUCGAAAUCAAAAUCGGUGACCUCUCUCUCGCCCGAAACAUCCGCAUCAGCAAGGUGGCGCCCUUGGACUACGGCAUGCCCGAGUUCGUGGCACCAGAAGUGGCAAACGGCGAGGGCGUUACAUAUGCCGCUGACAUGUGGUCUUUGGGCAUAAUCACGUACCUGCUUUUGUCAGGAACCUCACCGUUCAGGGGCGAGAAUGACCGCGAGACGCUGACCCGAGUCAAGAAGGGAGAGAUGAGCUUCGACAUGGAGGCCUUCAGACACAUCUCGGACGAGGCCAAGGACUUUAUCGCCAAGCUUCUGCUGUUCAAGCCUGACGUGCGCAUGAACGUGAAGGACGCCCUCCUGCACCCAUGGAUCAAGAAGUGCCUCGACCCUCCAGGUGAUGCUUACAAGAUCAACACAGACAGACUAAAGUCGUACUACGCCAAGUUCAGGGACUGGUACAGCAACGCCUCAUGCAAGCGCUGGUUCCGCCGCCGCACCCUCGCGUCCUGUUUCACCCACCCCAGCAAGAUGGUGUAUCCUCCGGGAGAAGUGUACACCCCACCAGAGUCGCCGGAGAGAGACAUUGUUCCCGCUGAGCCGGAGGAUUACCACGUGCCCCACCGAAAAUACUCUUAUGAGCUCGGGCUCAUCAAAAAUGAAAGCCACUACCAGAUGGGCCCCGACACCUACCUGCUUCAGCUACGCGACGUCGACUUCCCGUGUCGCCUGCGAUCCUACAUGAAGGUGGCCACCGACCGGUCACCAGCCUUCGCCAUGAGCAUGCGCGAAAACGACUACGAUUACACUGUGAGUCCUUCCCCCUCGCAAGAGGCCGUUUGGGGUUAUCGAAACUGAGCUGCGUGUAGAGGGGUCA